AUGGCCCAAAUUCAUGUACCAGCAAAUUCAUACUCGUAUUCCAAACUUAAGUAUCUUCAUUAUGGUUUGGGCUCUAUCUCAAAACUCCCCGAAACUGUUAAAAAUCUCGGUGCUAGUCGUGCAUUAAUCCUUACUGGCAAAUUGGUAUCAAAGUCACCAAUUUUUGAAGAGACUAGCAAAGCUCUUGGAUCCGUUCAUGUUGCAAGUUUCACGGAUAUCGGGCAACACACGCCCGUCGCUGGCAUUAGAGCCGCACUUGAGAUCCUCAAAGAGAAGAAUGCCGACACUAUUGUUGCUUUGGGAGGAGGUAGUCCUAUCGAUGCUGCCAAAGCCAUCAGCUAUUAUAGGAACGAAUCGACAAGCCAGGGAUUUUUGAAGAUCAUAGCAAUUCCUACGACACUCAGUGCUGCUGAAUACACACACAAUGCCGGAUAUACUAAUGAAGAAGGGAACAAGGUGGCAGUUAGCAAUCCAGAACUGGUUCCAGACGCCGUUAUUUUAGACGGGAGCCUCACUGUGUACACACCUAUCCGACUCUGGCUUUCGAGUGGUAUUAGAGCUCUGGAUCACGGCGUAGAGGCUUUAUACCGUCAACCACCAGUAGCAUUCCCCAUCAUCGAAUUAGCUUUGGCUUCAAUCCCCCAAUUAUUUGAAAAUCUUCUCAAGUCCCGUACUGACCCAAAUAAUCUCGAAGUUCGCCAACGAUUACUAAACGCAGCUUACCUAUCCCUAUCGCCCAAUCCAAAGCCUGGAGCUUUUGGUCUCAGCCAUUCUCUUGGGCAUAAACUGGGAGCAACUUAUCAGAUUCCACAUGGUAUCACGAGCUGUUUGACUCUGGCCAAGUCAACUGCUUUGAAAGCGCGUUUCUCUGACCCAUAUAGCCAAGAAAACUUGACGCGAGCGGUAAAGCGACUCGAGGCUGAAGCCAAAAAUAUCUUACCCGAUGUCGACGUGGAAGGUGAACCAGAAGCAAGCAGAGGAGGUGCAAUUCUAUCUAAGUACAUCGAGGACUUGGUUCAAAAAUUGGGACUCAGGAGUACAUUGGAGGAAUGGAAGGUCCCCAAGGCUGAUCUGGAGAGAAUAGCCAAGGCGAUAGAGAAAGAGGGAUUGGCUGGGAUCGAGGGGGGGCCCAGCGUCAGUCACGUUCACGAGCUGUUAGCUUCUAUAUAA